AUGAUAGAUAUUAAAGAUAGUGUAAAUGAUAUACACGAUGUUAAUUAUGAGUCAAAGAUACGAACUGACAGUUCUGGAACAGUACCAUCAACACCUUCAUCAUCAUCCGAUUAUAUGACAGGUGAAGCAGAUGACAGUUCAGAUAGUAAAAGUGCCGUACCCUUUAGUCUAAAGUCUGUGGAAACUAUACUCUCAUUAUCUAAGGCUACAUGUGAAGAAGAUCUUAAAGAAAUGGUACAAAAAUGUAAGCAAAUGGUAUUAGAAAGUGCAGAAUGCUCUGAUGAAAGAAAGUGGCUUGUUCGACGUUUAAUUGAAUUGCGUUUGAGAGUACAGGAGUUAAGAGAAACAUCAGAAGAAAAUUUACUUGAGACACAGGUAAUUUUAGGACAUCACUUAGUGCCACAAAAAUACCAUAUAACAACCUCUGGACCCGUAUACUGUGAUCACUGUAGUGGGGCCAUUUGGACCAUGCUUCAAUCAUGGUAUAUGUGCAGUGAUUGCAAAUUCUGCUGCCAUUGGAAAUGUUUGAACAGCAUAUGUAGAGUAUGUGUUCACAUUGUUGCCAGCGAAGCAGGUGGUUAUAUCUACACAAAAGAUAUUUGUCCCGAACAAGGUCUGUCAGAUCAAGGGUAUCGAUGUGCAGAGUGCAAAGUGAAAAUAACCUUCAAAUCAGCAUGGAUAGAGCCACGACUUUGUGACUACAGUGGAUUAUAUUACUGCCAAAGAUGUCAUUGGAAUACUACAAUGGUAAUUCCUGCAAGAGUAAUAAGAAAUUGGGACAUGGAACCACGAUUAGUGUCUCGGGUCGCAACACAACUUUUAACUCUUUUAGAGGAUCGUUCGGUUUUACCCUUGGAAGAAUUAAACCCGAAAUUGUUCACUUUAGUUCCAGACCUAUCCUUAGUAAAGAAAUUACGGGAAGAGAUGCAGAUGAUGAAACGUUACUUGGUUCUAUGUUCGGAUGCAAACAGUCAGGGACUACCAUGGAAACUCGGAAUACGUACUCACAUGAUCGAAAACUCAGGAAAUUAUUCCAUCAAAGAUCUUAUUGAUCUCAAUAAUGGAACUCUUCUAGAAGAAAUUCGCGCUGCAUACGACAUUAUGCGCGCUCAUAUUACAGAGCAGUGUCAGUUGUGCAAAGCAAGAGGGCACUUGUGUGAAUUGUGCGGCAACGAUGAAAUUAUAUACCCGUGGGACGCAAGUGCCAUCACUUGCUAUCAGUGUGCAGCUGUUCAUCACCGUGUCUGUUGGUCGAAACGAAAUCAUUGCUGUCCGCGAUGUGCGAGACUUCAAAAGCGUCGUGCCAUGCAGGAUCAACAAACUUCGGAUACAGACGACUGUAUCACAGAAGAAACAUUAAACACAUGUGAACACCUAAGCGAUACAAUAUAA